CCCGCGGUCGCGCGCGUCGCCAUCGUCGCCGCCGUUCCCGAAGCGCGCACCCGGCGCGGAUGCCGAGCGUUUCGCGAGUUUGGUCACAUUUUGGAAAAGGGAGAUGUUGGGGACGGAAGAGCGAGGAGACGCCGGUGGGAGAAGAAGCGGUCGAGGAAUGAAGCGAGGCUUUAGCCCGGCAGGCCCACUCCGAAGCAGCCCAUCACCAGAGCGUGGGCCCCGUAGUGGAGCAGGGCACCGGUCAGGCACCUUGGAGCAUAGGCCCAAACGGGAGCGGAAACACAAGACAUACACGCUGUGUGAAGUAUGCAACAUCCAGCUGAACUCUGCAGCUCAAGCGCAGAUCCACUACAAUGGCAAAUCCCACCAGAAGAGGCUCAAGCAGAUCAGCAGCGGCAAGUCCCACGGGUGCACAGGGCUGCCGAGCAUACAGGUGCAUUGUGCAAAACGCUACCGGCCCUCGGCAUACCCUCCAUCGAUGAACCGUGUUAAAGAUCUCCACGUGACGUCCGCUCGGGGGCGCCAUCUCCUUGGCUCUCCCUCCCAGAGCAGCUCCCUGCUGGCCGCCCUGCCUGUCUCUGGACGACCCGUGCAGCCUCAGCUGGACCUCAAGCACCUUCUGCCUUUCCAGCUCAAUGGCUCCUCCCCCCUCAGCCUCUUCCCCAACUUCAACGCGAUGGACCCGGUCCAGAAGGCAGUGAUCAACCACACGUUUGGCGUCCCUCAGCCCCUCAAGAAGAAACCGGUUAUCUCCUGUAACAUCUGCCACCUGCGGUUCAAUUCAGCGAAUCAGGCAGAGGCACACUACAAGGGCCACAAGCACUCCCGCAAGCUGAAGGCACUGGAGGCACAGAAAAACAAGCAGCGACGCCUUGGGGAGGUAGCUGGGAGGCAGCGGGAGAGGGAGCGGGACAAAGCGGGUGCAGUGGAGGGUGUGCCCACAUCAGUGGACGGCAGUCUGCACCCGGACCCAGAGCCAGCGAAGCAGGAGGAGGUCCCGGGAAGCUCGGUGAUGCUCACUCCCAUGUCGGAGGUGUCGUCGCCGGAGCUGGCACCGCUCGCCUCGCCGCACGUCUCCCCGGCCUCGCAGGGGUCGAGCGCAUCGGACGUCGCCCUGGAACCGGGCUGCGUGGACCCCAGCAGCAGCGAGCCGGACACCUCCAACGAGGGGGACGUAGACUCCAAAAACAGCAAGCAGCACCUCCACUGUCCCGUGUGUAACGUCACGGUGAACUCUGUCUCGCAGCUUGAGGCUCACAACAGCGGCACUAAGCACAAGUUGAUGCUGGAGGGCCAGACCGUGCAGCCACGGCGCAGGGGCAAGACGGCAGUGUCCCGUGUGGCUGGUCGGAGCAAGCGGCUGGGUACCAAGGGCACCCUGGGCGUGGCCAGCAAGGCGUUCCAGUGCGACGUGUGCGAGAUCCACGUCAACUCGGAGACGCAGCUCAAACAGCACAUGAACAGCAGGAGGCACAAGGACCGGCUGGCUGGCAAACCCCCCAAACCCAAGUUCACCCCCCACAGCAAGAGCCAGCAGAGCUCGGUGCUGCCGAGCGUGAGGUGGAGCACGUAUGCAGGCGGCGCCGUCUCAGCCAUGAAGAAGGUGUUGGGCCACUACAGCCUCAGUUCUCUCUCUUCUCAGACCAAACUGGCCCUGCACAAGCAGCUGGCCAAGAGCCUGACCGCCGGCUUCCUGCCGAGCCCAGUGAGCCCCGCAGCCCUGUGCACGGUGACACCCAGCCCGCUGGCCCUGCGGCACCCGGCAGGCGCCGCUGCUUUCAUCCAGACCCCCUUGCUGGGCCCCACGCUCUUCCGGCCUGCGCCGGGCCCACUCAGGGCACCCCACGCCCCCAUCAUCUUCUCCCCGUACUAACACCCCACCAGGGCCUGGCGGGUGAGGGGGACAGUUGAGGUACACGGAACUAUGCAGCCCGCAGGAGUGACAGGUGAGCCGUGGGACACGUCCGCCCAGCGACACGGGUUCCAGCUGCACAGGAGCCGUGUUACGGACGUCUGGCACGGAAGCAAGACUUUGGAGCCGUGUGGUGGACUUUGCCUGAUUUUGUCUUUUUAGGUGAACCUUUGCCAACACAGUAGAGAGCAAUUAGCAAAAAACCAGUAGGCUGAGCGUUAACUGACGUUUUUUAUUCAUUAGGUGGCAGUAGAGAAACUUUUGCUUGUAAGGUGGCCUCUGCAAAUACGAUCCCUUUACUUGACACUUAUUUACUAUGUUUUGAUGAGAUGUGACAGAGGUUCUGACACGCACAUGGUCUCAUCUUGAGAUGACUGGCUUUUUCUGGAGGGCUGGCAGCUCGAUGUUCGCAUCCGCACCGGUGCACAUGCUGCAAAUCAAGCCGGAGAGCAAACUGCAUUGCAUUGUGGGUAGUUCAGAUUGCAGUACAUUAGUCCUCUCAAGCUUGUGGAAAACAGGGCCGGGAUUCGUUCAGCCGAAGACAAUCUGACACUGGUUGUGAUGUAAAUGUUUGGCGUUUAACGUAUUCAUAACUUGAACCUUUUGUUGACCCAAAGUGUCUGGACGGUGAGGGCCGUGUAUCGGUGCAGGCGUCAGCUGUCCUGCCGCGGAGAAUCAAAAUCAAAAUCCACAUGCAGAGUUUGCGGCACGGAGUCUUGAGAAAUGACACGACGAAGAGGCGUAAAGGUCUCGUCCAUAUUCCACCAGCUCUGCGAGAACUUUCUGGAUUUAGAGCACAGAAUGAACUGCGUAGGUUACCCUCGGGGUAGAUUGGCUGGAGGGCAACAGACUGCCAAGGCCCUGGGAGGCGCGGAGCAGAGGUUUCGCACUCAAAGGUUGCACUUGUGUUUGAGACACAUUCUGUUUUUGCUUUUUCAAGCCAAGUUGCUUUCUGUAGAUUCAGAAAAAGGCAGCGCAGCGACCAUAUUUCAAGUUAUUGUGCAACUGUGAGACGGGAACGUGCGAAACCUGGCGUGAGGACAGCGUCCACGAGCAGAAGGGCCCGUGUUCUGGUCUUCCAGCUUUCCGAGGAGGAGCAGAAGAGCGGCUCCUUUUACAGAAGACACACGGAGCGGGAGGAAGCUGAGAACGGCGCGGUCUGGGACACGAACCGCUCGUGUGCUUCGAAAAGCCGUUUAAAUGACAUGUGGACAGCAAUUGAAGGCUUUUAGGCUCCUGCCUUGGCACUGUCAUUCACAGAGCCCAGCGAGACCAAAAAUAGCAGCUCUCGAGCGAACGCUCGGGGUUUUAGCUUAGCAUUAUCGAGGGACUGCAGCGGUCUCCCUCUGAACGGGUCGAACAAUUACUUGACUCAAAAGACACGCGAAGAAGAGCCAUAAAUACACGAUAACAUUUGCUCUCAGACAGCCAUUGUCACCAAAGACAAACAGGCCAAGGCUGCUCGCUUGUCGCCUUGCGGAGCUCUUUCUCCAAGGGAAGUACGGCAGCGCCACCCGCUGUUCCGUGUCCGACGUUGCUCGUUGAACUAAAGGGAACUGUCGAUUUCA